AUGAAGGAAGCAUAUGGUGAAAGAAAAGAUAUGUGUGUCGUUUCUAAUCGUAAUGCAAGCAUCAUAAAAGCUGUCAGUGACGUGUAUAAUAAGGCACCACAUUAUGCAUGUGUCUUCGAUACCAUGGCAAAAUCAUAUUCGAAGACUGAAUUUCACAAAUUAAUGAAGAAAGUGGAGGCCGUUCAUGCUAGACUGAAGAAUUACUUGGAAUUGACCGCUAGAGAACUACCAAUAUAUGAUUUUCUGGAGGAAGUUAGAUUGAUGUUUGGUAGAUCGAACUGUGAAAACAGACAUCAGGCGUUGUAUAUUUUUACGGAUCCUGUUGGUAAAUUUCAAGAAAUUCUUCAACAGAAUGAAGCGGAGUGUACACGUAUGAAGGUUAUACCUGCAUCAGAGUAUAUCUACACGGUCCACAACAAGGAGAAAUAUUUUAUUGUCUGUCUUAAGGAAAAAAAAUCUUCUUGCAAUGCAUUUCAGUUGGAUGAGAUACCGUGUGUUCAUGCUUGUGAAGUUCUUGAUAGCAAGAAUUUCAAGAAAGGACCAUAUUGCUCUGAUCUAUACAAGUCAAAAACCGUCUUGAGAACAUACGAUCUCCCGGUUUAUCCUCUACCACACAGUGAUAACUGGGUGAUUCCAAAGGAAAUUAUGGAUGAGUUGUCAUAG